GUGAGUAGCGGCGCCCGAAAAAGAGCACAAUCCAACUUUUAACGCAAUAUUCGGCGAGCUUCACAAGCGCACAAAAUUCAAAAUCAAAUCGAAAUCAAAACACAUGCAAGCACAGGCACACAAACACACACACACACACAAGCAUACACCCCCACACAACGGACGGCAAAGGUUUGUGCAAUUACUUCGUGCGUAUUAAUAUGCGGUCGUGGCAGCGGUGAGGUGGCUAGCCGAUACUGAGGUGUUUGAUUAGGCAGAAAGCAAGCUGCCCAAACGACUAGCUGCGCUGUAUCAUAGUUUUUGAGCUAUUUAGCGCCCCCGUAAGCAUACUCGCAGCGUACGCUCUAAAAUUUUUUCUUUUUUUUCCGCCUAAAUACGCUUCGCAUUAACGCUGACGCUGAGCUAUUUUCAUUUUCGUUUUGGAGACGAGUAAACAGUUCGGCGUGAAACGGUUUUGUGUUUGUGGCGGGCGUGAUUGAAUUCUGAUUUUUUCAAAUCAACUCAAAGUACGAAUAUUUACGCCCGAGUAUGUAGCGAAAAUUGGUUUUUGGACGUUUUCGGAAUAGCUAAAACGUGUUAUUACGGGGAAUAAGUGACAACAAGAAAAACAAAAAAUUAAAAAUUAAAUGGAACUGCUAUGCAGAAAAGUGCUUUCGCAGGUGAAAAGAGACUUUCUUGUUAUGGUUUAAUUAAAUAAAAAAAAAAAAUAAAAAAUAUGUGGAAAAGUUGACUAAUUACGCUACCGAAACACAAUACAAAAAUAAUAAUAAUAAUAAUAAUAGAACAACAUAAAUGCAGUGCAAAUUGUUGUAUUUCAGCUGAAACGAGGCGUGGACGAAUAAACGUAAACGUUGGCAGCAGAAAUGAAAUGUUUUUAAUUUAUGGGUAAACAAACCCGAGCUCUCUUUCUUAUUGUUAUUAUUAAUUUGUAAUCAAGAAUGCUCUACACGCAGUCAACUUUACACUCUUUAACGGUACAUCCGGCGGAAAUACGUUUUUGGCUUUAUUCAUAAUUUCUUAUUGGCGGUCACCGGUGAACUUAGUGUUAGCCUGGCCAUCAAAAGCUCAAGCUCUCAGGCAUACAAGUACACAUUUAGUUGAAAUUGUUGUGGUGACAAGUGCACAGGCAAAGUUUGAUAAAACGGUAAAGAGUUCGUGGUGACUGAGCAUUGUUGCGGAAGUUUGACAAAAUGUCUGUGGACAAUCCAUAUUACUUCUACAAUGACAGCAAAUCACCGCGCACACCGGACUCACAGAGCUCAAGCAAGACCUUUUCGAUAUUCAAGCGACGCAAUUCGAAAGGCAGCAGUCCACGUGUUAUCAUACCGGAACAGACGCGGCUAAUCACUUCGGCGAAUCUCGACUCGGCAGCCACGAUGGCGUUAGGAAGUCCACGCGGUAGCUUUGGUUCGCUGGGCGGCUUCUCUCAACAAUCUUUUGAACUGCAGCCAUUGAUGUAUCGCCAGCGGUCGUCGAACUCACAUUCGGAAACGUUUCGCGAGCGGCUGGGCUCCUAUAAUGAGUCCAAUUCCACCACAACGUGCAGCGUUGGCGGCGUUGCUGCCAGUGGCAAUGCAGUUAGUGCAGGCAGUGGCGGUGUUGGCGGAGGCAGUGACUUUGAUGAUGUCUUUUGCAUGUCACCCUCAAGCAAACAUCAUCAUCACACACUGCCGAACAGUAAUACACGUCGUCACUCCUUCGGAAAUUGGCGGCAAACGAGUGAACGUCACCAUCACAAAAACACGGUACCCUGUUCACCGGAUGAAGUGCCGAAUAUGAUGGCUCCACGGCCACCCGUCUUAUCUCCGAACAAAUAUCGCGGUUUACAUCGACGAAGAGAUAACUGCGGCACAGUAAGCAACUCAUCCGUGAACAGUUCGGCUGCCUAUAAUAUGGACGAUAUACUAAUUAUAACGGCAAAGCAUAGUGAACGCGCCAUAUUGCGCGCCAAUUUUUUGAAAAAUCAUUUUGAUAAAAUUACAAAACAACGUGGACGCAAGCCUUUCAACUUUUUGCACAUUAAAAUCGAAGAUGGCCCAUUCAGUGAGGAGAUCGCUCACAAAUAUCAAAAUACCGCCUUACAGAUUGUCAUACUCUGUCCAGCAUUAUUAGCGCUCUCACACUCAUUUUUACUCUCACAAUUAUCUGCCAUUAUACGUGUAGAGAAAGUGUUGGGUAUUUUAUUGGAUAUUACAGAGGAUAAAGUCAAGGAGAUACAAAAAACCGCACUGCCCAGUUACUACAAAUGGCGCCGCUGCACCAUUCGUGACAAUGAUCAAGCGCAAAUCAGCAAUAUACUUGGCAUAGCUACAGACAUAUUGGGACGCGCACUCUGCCAACGGCCACCUUGUCAUGAUCACAGCAGCAUAUCGCGGAGCUUCUCCAGCUGUUCGGAAGGUUUUACCAUACUGCCAAAGAAAGUGAAAAUUGGACAAAAUAAAGUCGUAGCGAUGCUGGCCGAGCCACUGGAAAAAGAUGACACAAUCAAAAUAAUCGUCGAAAAAUCUGGCGAGUUGAUUGAGAUCAGAAAUUUCAAAUGUCGCAAUCCAUUUACAGUGCAGUUCUCCAUACCAGAGUCCUGCAUGGAAAUCUCAACGAUGGUGGAGAUACGUAUCGAAAAAAAUGAGAAAAGCCUUGGCGCUCGUCCAAUUAAAUGUGAAAGUCGCAUGCGCGAGCUCGAGCAAUUACUACGCACCGAAGACUCACCCAUCGAGUUCAUGUGUCACUCACUCGGUAUUGGACCAGCUGAACGUGAUGCGCUCGAUUUACAUUUGUUGCAAUGUUUCCAGAAAAAUAUGCCGCCCAAUUUCCAUCUACUCAACGGUCCCUACGAAAAACAACAUCAUUUCCUAACCAUACGCGAAUCGAGUCCUGAAGAGUACCCGACACUUUUGCAUUUUGCUGCACGUUGGGGUCUUAAUCGCCUUUGUAUACAAUUAAUGGAGUGUCCCGGCGGCGACACGGCCUGCGGCAUACGCAACUGCAUUGGCAAGACACCCGCUGAAUUGGCCGAACAGGAGGGUCAUCACAAGCUCGCCACAAAUAUUGUUAGCUUCUCCGAAUUUCACGAGCUCACCACAAUGUACCACUAUUUCAAGGGUAUUAACGGUGCCGGUAGUGCGCAAACAAAUAAUAAUAAUCAGUCGUUAGUAAACGGUAAAGUGGGCAGCAUCAAUCAAAACCUUAGCAAUCCAAGUAAUAGCAAAGUUGUUAUUGAGGCAGUGAAGUCGGCGCCUGCAUCACCAAAGGUUAAACCACCCAAAGCCCAAAAACCUGCGGCGCCAGAACCACAGGAUCCCCAACCGGCAGAGUAUAUGGAAAUGUCGAGCGGCUCUGAACGUGAGCAUACGCCCGAUUCCAAGCCGAAAAUUGAGACGUUGGCCGUAUCGAACCUGAAUUACAUUAGCGUUGAGACGGAAGAUGAGAACUUACAGGGCUCCUCCGCAGAUGUUUGUAAGAACUUUGAAAAGGUCGUUACCACACCUGAGGUAACCACGAACGAGUUACGUAUUAGCGAACCCCCAUACUAUCAGUCAAAAGAGCAAAACAAAUCAGUCGAUGUCACUGAUUCGCCGUACCAGACGGAUAAGUUCAGUCACGAAUGUUCGCAGUUGCUUGAAAAUUGCACUGGCACAACAGCUGGCAAUGAUUAUGUCCUCCAGCCAUUGAAUAUACCAAUACCACCAAAACCCUUGCUUACACAAGCGUCUACAGUUACGACCAGCGCAGAAGCUGAUGACGGCAAUUAUCUCUUCCAACCCUCGAAUAGACCCGUCGAAGAUGAAUUACUCCCACAAAACCGUCUAAGCUUGAGUCGUUCGUUAAGUUCAUCCUCGCGUGCCGGGCAAAAUCCCACUUACGGUACCUUAAAGCGCACUGCUUCAGAUGCCUCAAGUGCAACCACGCGCUCCAACGCAGAUGAUGAAUUGGCCGAAAUUAUGCACGACUUCAAAAACAAUGUGCUCAGCAUACACGAUGUCGAGUUGUUGGUCGAAAAAUGGAAGCAUCGGAAUGAUGUGCAACAAAGCUUUCGCGAGAAGCAAGAACAAAUCGAUCAACUACGUAAAGAGUACGAUCGCAUACAGGAAAAUCUUCGACUGCAGCUGAAGCGUGAAACGCCAUUUGAGAAAAUUAAGAAACUCUUCUCACGUCAUAAAUCCACAACGAAUUUGCCAGAGAAAACAUCUUGUGCCGAUAGCGUGCUUGAUGAAACCAAGUCCUCCAUUACGACCAGCUCAAGCUUUAAGUCUACACAGCGUCCAAUAAGUUCGCUUAGUCUACAAAGUGUCUCCUCCUCAUCAUCUUCGGGUCGCCUAAGCACUGGCAGUAAUUGCAGCGGUGCAUCGCUCGGUGACUCCGGCACACAUUCUGAUCAUGAAGAACGACGUUUUGGUUGUCGUCUAGCUUCACCGGCCACGCUCAUGGACAACUACCUUGUACCGCCACCACCACGUCCAGUACUCACACCCAAUUCAACACCGGGCGAAGAACGCCAUCAAUUGGUCUUCCCCUCACCAAAAUCAUCGCUGCAGCGUUUGAAUACGCCCACAAGUCCCACCGGCAGCGAGCACUAUCAAAUAUUCCCCUCCAAUAUACCCGUCUACACCAGCCAAAAUUUGUCUACAUCCCAGCCAAAUAACUAUUUGAACACCAUAAUGGAGGCAAAGGAGAAUGACAGUGUCACUGGCAGUGUUAAUUGUAACGGUAAUCAUUCAUAUCAAAAUGGCGUCACGCUGCAACCGAUAAAAAUUAACGAACGUCCGAAUAUUAUCUAUGGCAAACUGACGAAAAGCUCGCCGACAUGCAGCUCGUUCAAACCAAAGCAGGUGGCUGUGCCACAGGUGGGCAGCAUCGAAGUGCAGGCCGAGGUUUACCAGAAUAUCGGUUCCACUUUGGAACAAAUCAAAGAAGUCGAAGUGGUGAAGAAUGGCAAGGAGUGUGCUACAACGGAGGAAGCUAGUGGUGGCGAGUCGCCCAACUAUAUGAACUGUUAAGCGAAGAUCUGGCAGAGAAAUGUUAAGUGCAAAGUCAAACACGUGCUCCGACAAAUUAAACUUACAUACAUAUAUAAUAUUACCUGACAUUAGCAUGAACUAUAUUUGAAUAUUUGCUGAAAUUUUACAUUAAUGUAAAAAAAAAAGAAUAUUUAUAAAAUUCUGUAAAUAGAUUUAAUUGUUUGACAUUAUCUUUUCACUAAGUUUUAACGCUAUAUUUAUAUAUAUAAUUUACAAUGUAAUUUAAAGGAAAAAAAUGAGUAUGAACUAGUUAAAAAUAUUCAAUUAAUUAAUAUUAAGCAUAAAAAGCAUAUAUCCGAGAGAAGUGGUUACUGGCAUGCUCUUAAAUAAAAUCUCAAGCUGAUUAAAAUAUCUCAUAAGAUCUAUAAAAAAAAAUAAAUAAAAUAAAAAAAAUAAAUAAAAAUUAAU